GCGGAAUUGAAGUAAGGCAAAUUUUGCACUAACUCGUGUCAGUAGAUGCAAUCCAAUACAGUGGCACAGAAUGAAUAGCAAUCAGCUGCACAGCCCCCAGCACCUUCUGGUCUGAGAUGCAGUGCUGAAGUGCCACACAUCCCACAGCAAACAUCCCAGCCUGUGAAUGGCUGAGGGUGCUUUGUCCUCAGGGAUGCAAUAAACUCAGAAUAUUCUCUGCGUGAGUCACCAGUGAGGAUAUUUUCCCACCGUGUUUCUGAGUUGUUUUAAGCUGAAGCAUUUUGCCCCCAAGAAAUGUAAUUACAGCACACAGCAAAGUUCAGCUGCACAAGAAGAAUUUUGUUUAAUAAAGGCUAAAGAGGCACACAGGGUACAUUCCCAGGGUGGGUCAGCUCAUCCAACACAUCUUCUGUUAGAAAGGAAGACAUUUUACGCUGGAGGGGUAAUCAAUUCUAAAGUGGAUUAUCUCUAAGAAUAUCCUUAAAUUUGGGGUCAAAAUCUGCCUGUGAACAGAGCAGGCCAUCUGUAAAUCUACAGUGGCUGAACCUCAGCCCACACCUACAUCAAUGACUAACUUCAGAACUGGGACUUUUCUGCACGUUUGCUGAUCCCGCUCUGAUCACAUCUGUGCUGUUUCCCCAUCAGUGACUCCUACUUCCUGGGUCUCUUACUAACAUGGACAGUCAGAAAGGACAAAAUUAACAGACACAGAGCUGCACUUUCCCUUAAGAAUGGAUUUCAAAAUCCACCCCUUUUCUCUUGGUGUUACCUUUGGGAUGAGCGAACACCCAACAAUAUUCCAGCAACAGCAUUACCAUUUAUGUUAUUCUCUCCUAGAAGUCCUGCUGCUGUGCUUCCAGAGUUUGAAAUUCACACCUCAAACCCAACCUACAACCAAGCUAAAAGUCACUGCAUCCAUCUGGCUUCAGUAGACAUUCUGCACCCUCUCCCAUUUCCUCCUAAACGCACACUCCACAUCACACCUGAUGAACACACACACAAACUUAAGUCCAGCUUCAUCUUCUAGAAGACAGAAAAACCUCAAAGCUGAGCUGCUCCCUUAUUGUUUUCCCACUGCAUGCCCACAAUGAACUUUGCUGCUUCUCUGUUCCUCUGCUUGUUCCACUGAAUAGAGGACAACAUUAACAGUUGACCGAUUCUUAACUUCACAAGUUUACUAAGCAAGCCAAAAUGAUUUAUUUUUUUUUUUUUGCUGGAAUGCUCCUUAGGCAAAAAUCUGCUCAUUUUCUCAUAUACUUACUGGAAAUUUUCUCCAGUAGUGGAGGGAAAAUAUGCAAAUGGUACAACUUUUUCGUAAGCAGGAGUCUUGAGACCUUGGCAGUCUUUACUCCUUGCCUGCAGGUACAAACGAGACCCAUAAUGUUCAUUAUUUCUUAUUCUGCAGAACACCAGCAGCAGAGGGAAUGUUCAACUACCUCAGGAAACGCUUUGCCAGCCACAUCACAGAACGAAGCCGGAGAAAAGCAAGGCUUGUUUCUAAAGAUGGAAGGUGCAACAUAGAGUUUGGUAAUGUAGAGCAGUCAAGGUUUGUCUUUUUGAUUGAUAUAUGGACAACUAUCCUGGAUUUGAGAUGGAGAUACAAAAUGACUAUCUUCAUUUCAGCAUUCUUAGGCAGCUGGUUUCUGUUUGGUCUCCUCUGGUACGUUGUGGCCUACAUACACAAAGACCUUCCAGAAUUCAAUCCUUCCAUAAAUCACACCCCUUGUGUUGAGAAUAUCAAUGGUCUGACUUCAGCUUUCCUGUUUUCCUUGGAGACACAGGUCACUAUUGGCUAUGGCUUCAGAUGUGUCACAGAGCAAUGUGUCACUGCCAUUUUCCUGCUCAUCUUCCAGUCUAUCUUGGGGGUAAUCAUCAAUUCUUUCAUGUGCGGUGCCAUCUUGGCCAAGAUCUCAAGGUCCAAAAACAGGGCCAAGACCAUCACCUUCAGCAGGAAUGCUGUCAUCAGCAAACGUGGUGGGAAGCUCUGCCUCCUCAUCAGGGUGGCAAACCUCAGGAAGAGUCUUCUCAUCGGGAGUCACAUCUAUGGCAAACUCUUGAAGACCACCAUCACACCAGAAGGAGAAACAAUCAUUCUGGACCAGGUCAACAUAGAGUUUAUCGUUGAUGCUGGCAAUGAAAAUCUCUUCUUCAUUUCCCCGUUGACUAUUUACCAUAUCAUAGACAAGAACAGCCCUUUCUUCCACAUGGCAGCAGAAACAAUUCUGCAGCAAGAUUUUGAACUGGUGGUGUUUUUAGAUGGCACUGUUGAAGCCACCAGUGCUACCUGCCAAGUGAGGACAUCUUACAUCCCAGAAGAGGUGCUCUGGGGUUAUCGCUUUGCUCCCAUUGUGUCCAAGACCAAAGAAGGGAAAUACAGAGUAGACUUCCAGAACUUCAGCAAGACAGUGGCAGUGGAGAUGCCCCACUGUGCCUUCUGCCUCUACAAUGAGAAAGAAGCUAAAGCCAAAGAGAAGAAAGGCUAUGACAACCCUGGUUUUGUCUUGGCAGAAGUUAGUGAAGCCAGUGACACAAAAAUGUAGCUCUAAAUCUUUAUCAGACUGCACCUUUCUGCAUAAUUAAAUCAAUCUUGAGAGGAUUAUUAACUUAGUAAAACCAAUAACAGGUUUGUUUUAACUCUGUAACAGCAUCUAUCUUCUCAAAAGCCUCAAAUCAGAGAGGACCAGCAUACCAGUGAUCACCAGAACACUAUUUAACAAUGCUAUGUAUUUCAUAGAAUUUAUAUUUUUAUAUCUGUGGGACACUUUAUGAAGCUGCUAAGUUGGAGCGUCCGACUCACUUAAGCUCCCAGAGGCACAUCAGUCUUACAAGGCCUGGAAAGAGAAACUUUAAGUCACUGUUAAGGAGCAAAGCUAUGAGAACGAGAGCAUGAGAAGGACAACCUCUCCAUAAGGACCAAAGGGACUUAAAAGUCAAAACCUCACCAGAAAUGCAUGUCUCUCACUGCCAAAGCCUUCUGUAGAUGCAGACUUUUUGGCUCCAAACUUCUUGAGCACUUUUGAACAUUUUGAAACAAUUCCUUCUUACUUUGAGCUGAUAUAUUUAUAGAAAUGGAGCACUAAGGGAUGGUACAUGUCUAGGAAGGGAUUUUGAAGACAGAGCCUAUGCCAUCCUCCUGCAACUACAACGUCAUAAAGAACUCUCUUCUGUGAAAGCUUUUGAUUCCUUGAAGGAAAAUACCAAAUGGAAAUGGAAAGCAAAAACAAGCACAAGCAGACACCUGUCAUAAGAGAUGAGGAACAUUGCAGCUUCUCCUUAAUUUUCUCACCCUCCUGAUACCCCUCUGUUCACUUCUGCCAGGAGGCAGCUGCUGUGAUACUGCGAAAUCUCAGAAAGCAAUGGGCCACUGGAACAGCAAGCACAGCAGGGAGGUGAAGAACACACAGACUGCAACACACCUGGUGGGAGAGCAAUCCUCUGGGAGAAGAGAGGAACUUCCCAGCAUGAGAUGCAUCUUUGGAACAACCCACAACACAACACAAACACCAACAAGGUCUUUCUUUGAAGCUAGGACAAGAGCACAGUGAAAUGCUGUAACACAAUGGAUACUGCAAUAAUGACAGCGUAGUAGCAAAGUCCUGGGCUGCAGCAAGUGAGGAUAUGCUCAGUGCAACAGCUGUGUGCACAGAAAUAAAGGAAAGAAACUGUUCACUCUUGGAAGGCCUCAGGUAGGCAGGGAUCUCCAAUGAGAUGCCCAUAUCUCUACUGUCAACCCUUAAAUGAGGGCUGGGAAGGGGUGGAUCCUGGCUGCAGCCCUUCCAUCACUCAGUGCAUUGCAUGCACCUGUGCUGGCCCUGCCUUCCCACCAGGUGCUCCAUCACUGCUUCAGGCUGUUCCUCAACAUUGCCAUUACACACAGCAAUGAUGCUCAGGAGAGAUCUUCACAUCCAGUUUCAUAUGGUUCACCUCACCAAAACAAAACAUGCAUUUCUACAGCAGACAAGUUCUGCUCAUUGGUAACUAGGAGUACAUUUUCUUGCUUUAAUUUUUGGCAUUUAGGUUUCAAAUGCAGCAAAAACCUGCAAUAGCUUUUUGGUGACUUCCAUCCAUAUCCUCACAGUCUGAUAUUUUUGGUCUCCUGAUGCCCUCAAAAAGUUCUUUUGUUGAGAGUUCAAGUGAUAGGACCAGAGCGAGAGCUUUUCUGGGAACUCUUCUCAGUGAUGUAAUUCAGACCAUCUAUUUUAAACCCUGGUAAAACAGAUGCAUCUUUUUAAAUGCAGGACUGAGGGGUUAUGAAAGAAAGGCACAACUAAGUGGUCAAAUAACCACAGCAGUAUUGUGAAUGGACUGAGUGUAGCAGUAGAGAUCUGGGAGCCAAGGGAGUUCAGUCCCAAUGGAGCAUCAGCCCCUCUGGUGGUUCAGAACAAAUCACUUUGGUAUGUAUUUCCAAUCUGCCAUCUGUAAGAUGGGACGUGAGGUUCUCACUCUGUACAAAGAACAAUGUAAAGAACAGUGAUGUCACUAAAGCACUUUAAAAGCCACUUCUCAGCCGUCUCAGUCUUCCUUCAGCACAUCAUUGUUAAAUCCCUCCUCACUUUGGAAGAGCAGUACAGAAAGUUCUGUUCUCAUCACCUAUCAGAACUACUGCACGUGGCUGCAUGGCAAGCUGGAACUGCCAGCACAAAUCCUCAGAGUCACUCACAGAUAUUGCCCAAAUCCUUAAGAGUGUGCAUUUUGCAGUCCUGCAAACACUGCCAGCAGUGAAAACAUUUUACAGUCACAAUCAGUGCAGCACCUGUGGCUCUCAGCACAAAGUCAGCUGCUGCCCACUGCCCUGCCUGGCACACAACAGUGUGCAAGUAAAGUAAGAACGCAGUCUUUACUACUAUACAGAAAAAACAAAUCCAUGUGCAAGGUCCAAUCCAUCUCUUCAAGGAGGUGAUAGGAAAAAAUCCUGUUUUCAUUUAUGAAAGUUAGCAUAAAUGAGAUGGAAAAGAGUCACCAAACACUCCUCAAGUGCCUACCCCAGAGGCAGUGUGCAUCCUCCACAUUGCAAGGGACCUCUAAGCAAUGCACUUCCAGGCACUGCCCUCGGGAAGCCAUCUCAAAACUCUGAGCCUCUUCUAAGUUUGUCAGGAUGCUGCUUUCUGUGCUUUUGUUCUCUGUCCCUGCAGCACAGCUGUGGGGAGUUACUCAGUGUUGUAACACUGUAAUGCAAUGGAAAGUGCAACAGUGACAAUGUAGUAGCAAAACCUAAGGAUACAACUGCCAUAGACAGAAAAAUAAAGGAAAGAAGC